GGGUGGGGGGGUGUAGAGUGUAUCUGAGCUGAGUGGUGUCAGUGGUUGUUGGACUCGGAGCAGAAUGGCUGCAGUCACAGAGCUCUCCUUCCUGCUGGUCGCUCUCAUCAACAGCAUCCAUGCAGGAGAACAUAUUAUUAUCCAGGAGGAAGGGUCCUCUUACACCUUCACCCCCCCCAAGAACACCAUCUCCUGCCUGAUCUCCAGGUUUGUUGGUGGGGAGAACCUGGUGCUGUGGAACACCUCUGACCUCUGGUCCAACCAGUCCUCAGUACCUAGACCCCUGAAACGACGACGGGUCAGCAGGGUUAAGACUUCUUCCUACACCAUCCGCCGCCUGACCCAGUCAGACUCCGGCCCGUACCGAGAGGAGUGCUGGACCGAGGGCACCGUAACCCAUGGCACCAACAUCACUAUCAUGGUUUGUUCUAGUAGUUCUGUUGGUAGGAGAGAUAUCAGAGCGAGACUCGGAGAAACAGUGGACCUGCCAUGUGACAGAGCAGCUGGUAAUCAGUACGUCCAGUGGCUCAAAAAGGACUCUCGAUAUAAUCAGGGGACAUGGAGCAGAGUUUUUGGGGACAAGACGACAUCAGAGAUAGAGGAUGUUAGAGGAAGAUACCAAGUGGUGACAAACUCAUCAGAUCUUCGUGUUUCCAAUGUCACAGCAACAGACUUUAGAUGGUACAGCUGUCUGGUGAUGGACCAGCAGCAGUGUGUCAGCAGUGAGACUCUAGCGUUGAGACCAUUGUAUGAGGUAAUCCACGGCUCAGUGGGGGAGACCGUCGUGUUGCCGUGCACCGUCGCUGACUCCACUGAUGAACAGCCCCCCCACUGGAGGAAGUAUAAUCCAAAAACACACUCCUACCAUGACCCAGGACUACUAAACCAGACUGAUUGUUCAGUAGACCAAAAUUACUCGCUGGUGUUUCCAUCUCUAAUGUUACAUCACUCAGGUCGGUACCAUUGUGAUGCGUCUUGGAGAGAGCAACUGUAUGAUCUGGUGGUGUGUCCCACAUUUGGUCCCCCUGCUGUAGAGCUCUUCUCAGAGGGAGAUGAUGUCACUCUAAGAUGCACAGAUAGGAGAAAGGGUAGGGGGCAUCUUUGGUUCAUCAAGUCAGACCGAACAGAGGGAAGAGUCUUUAAUGUAAAGCCUGAUCAGAGCAUGAGCAGAGUGAGAUGGAACUAUGAUAAUGGUAACCUGGUUAUCUCUAAUAUCUCAGUGGGAGACCUGGGGGGGUACUGGUGUGCAGUUAUUGAUGAUGAUGAUUUUCUGUGUGAGUCAGCAGAGAGGACUAUUUUAGUGUACAUAGAGCCCUUUGGGAUCUACUCCACCUUUUUCAAAGUGAGAUGCUCAGUGCUCAGCGUCCUGCUGCUGAUGUUCUGUGCUGCUACUGGGUUGGACGAUCGUGUGCAUGGCUCGAGGAAAGAGGUGGAGGAAGAGCAGUGUGUCUGCUCCUUUAUUGUGGACUCAGAGGAACAGUCGGGGGACGAUAACUGA